ACGACCUUCUCGUCAUCACAUUUGUGAUCAUCGGCUGUGCGAAAGCCGUUCGGCGCCACUCGUGCCCUCGGAAACAGCACGCCCACCUUGGCGACCACAGAGUGAUCGGCUCACGACCCUCUUGCUUGCACUCACACCGAGAGCCCCCAUCAUCGAGCGCAUGCAAACAGCAGCAGACUUUUGCAAACGGCCUGCCUCUCCGACUCAAAAGCUCCCUCGAACUACAUCAUUUCCCCUCUCUUCAUUCACGCUUUCGUAUGCUGACUCAAAAGACUCUUGUGAUCUAUACGCAUCACUGAGUUCGCAUUCCGCCCGCUUCAACGGUCGCAAGGAUGAGCACCUUGGCCCCGCCUCAAUCGGCUGGAAUCCCGUCCACGAAGGAGGGCUUCACAGCAGCUCUCAAGGCCAGAAAUUCGAACAAUCAGUACAUUGCCCACUUGAAGAUAUGGGAGACUGUCGGUGAGGAGGGGGCUGGAGGCGGCGGUGGUGCGGGAAGCUCGAGGAAAGCGAGGUACAUCAUUUUGGCAGCUGCGAGAGGAACCGGCGUGGUGACGCUUAACAAGGCCAAGAGGAACAUGAAUGGCAGUUUCAGCAUCGGCAAGGAUUGGGACAUCAACACUUUGAGAGAGAUCACGGUGCAUGCUCCCGACACAUUCACCUUGACAUUGUCGCGACCAAACCAAUGGCAGACUGACAGGCCCAAGGAGCAAAAGGUGUUUCUUCAGUCGCUCGUCAAGAUCUGGCGCAAGUACAUGAACGAUCCUCAUGGCCCGCCAUGUUCUGGCUUAGAGUUCCCUCCUGAGAUGACGCCUUCCAUACAGCCUUCGACCAUUAGCUUGGCACCUCCCGGCGUGCCACCUGUGCCAUUGGUCCCCGCGAGCGUAGCUGCACCAGCACCCGCAGCAUCAAUUCCGGUCGCUGCCGUUCAGUCUUCGCAGGCACCCAGUCUAGCGCUGAACACGAAUGUUCACAGGGAGCGUUCCAGAGAGUCUCCAACUGCAUCCAGAUCACCGGCCAGGACACCGACAGCCGAUGGCUUCUACGACCCGAGAUCGAGAGAGGUCCGAGAUACAAGGCCAGGCUCCUCCAAUAGCGUUGCCGCCACCGGCAACGUCUCCAGCGACGCUCCACGCAGGCCUAAUCCUCUAAGGCGUCCGACCAUCACAAGAACUGACAGUAUGCGUAGCGGAGAUAGGUCAGACGGGUCGACAUCGGUACCUGCUAUCAAGCUGUCCGACCCUUCGAGUAGACUGGGCACUCCGACCAACGCUCUACCCAGCGACAUUAAUCGCAACGCCAAUCGCAGUCCGGCCCCUCGGCAGCCAAGUCCCUUGGCUCAUCUCCAGCCGCGCGAUGCCGACUCUGAAACGCUGAAGGCGCCAAUCACUGGCGCCCUCGAGUCGACUGUCAGCCAGAGUGCCCGCGCCGAUGUACCUCAGUCAACUUCGUCGUCGCUGCUCAGAAAGUCUGCCUCUAAUGACGAGCAAAUUGGCCCCAACGGUACAGACGCAACAGAGCAAAAAGCUCCCUCAUCGUCUCCUCCUCGUUCCCGACCUAGGCCCAUCCAGCAACGCAGCACGUCAGGCUCAUCUCUGUCUGGAGGUGGUGAUGCUCGAGCGCGUCUCAGCGCAGUCGAGCCGGUACGUGGUGGUGCAGCAUAUGAGAGGAUGCUAUUGGCUGGCACAGGCUUGCGGGAAGUCGCAGAAGGUGACGAAGAACAGGAAGAAGAGCUGGAGGAUCCUUAUGGGGGUGCGGAGGUAGAGGAUGUUGAUGCGUCUCCUUUCAAACCUCCUCCAAGGAAGAAGAAAAACAACUCCAUCAAGCGAGCGCAGGCGGCUCGAGCUGAAGCUGACGACAGAUCAGUGUCUGUCGUUGGUGGUGGAGGCGAGGAAGAGGAAGAAGAUACCACAUUGCUGAACGUUGAGGAGAUGCUAGAGGGAUUCGAGUGGAAGCACACGAAUGCGACGGCAAUCGGCGGAAGAUUGAUGUUGGAUCCCACGCAUGCUGGGGCGUUGAGACAAGGAGCGCCAGGCAAGGGUACGGCAGAUGUCAUCGAGGCUCGCUUGCUUGACGAGCUGGCCGCGCUUGAUGCUGCGAACAUUCACGCCAUCAUUGAGUCCGACGAUCGUGUCAACCUCGUCGUUCAGCACAUGGAAGAAGCACUGGGUCAGCUCGACAUGAUCGACAGCAUGAUUGCUGGCUUCAAGGUACAGCUCAAUGCGCGGACGGAUGAUAUAUCGCACAUCGAGUCCCAAAACCGCGGUUUGCAAGUUCACACUUCCAAUCAGCGCCAGCUGGCAAACGAGAUCGAAAAACUGCUUUCCACUGUUCACGUGGAUGACGAUGCUGUCGCUGCGCUCAUGUAUGCCGGAUUACAGGAUGAUGCUGGUAUAGCAGACGUGGAACGAGCGGCAGCUGCGCUGUACAAAGCCAUGUUGCAAGCUCGCAAAACGGAGGAAGAGCGAGCAGCUGGUGCAGGUGCGGAAGCGAUGAUGGCAGCUGCGACGGAGAGGUUGGAGGAGUACGAAGGCUUGGCAGAAAGCUUCGCGAAGAGAUUACUGCAGCACCUCACGCAAGAGUUCAACGAGCAGACCAACAUCAUCCUUGGAGACCCUACUCGGCGAGCAGCACUCUCUCCGCCGAAUCCCACCCUUCGUAACCAUGCUCAAGUGGAGGACACGUUGGGCAGGUAUUGUGGACUACUGCUCUACGCUAAAGAGGUCACUUCUGCACAAUUCUCCAGGAUCUCUGCAGGCUACUUUGCGAGUGCCAGCGAAAGGUACAGGAGAGAGAUGGUGCAGCUCUUCACUGUCUGGAAAGAGCAGAUGCGUACGCCUAGCGAGGAUGAGGAGGCGGAUUCGACCUUCUCAUCGCCCGCGUCUGUCACUACUGCUGCUGCCCUUAGGAGCGGUACCAUUAGGCGCGCAGGCAAGGAUAGAGGUAGAGGAACACAUACGAUGGGCGAUACUAACGCAGCAGAGGCUUUUGCAAGACUUCUGCAUUCGGUCAUGCCUCUGAUCGCCAAGGAGGAAGCUUUCAUUUCCGAUCUGCUGCACAUCAACGACAACGCAGUCACCUUCGCAGACUAUAUGGACCUCGAGCCUUACUUCAGGCGCAGAGCUGCGGCUGUCUUCGGUUCUGAGACAUUGCAAGGGUCCGCUCCUCUCAGAGAGAUGAAGAGCGCUUUGGAACUCAUCUUUGGCUUCUUGGCGCCGGAGUGGCAAGCAUUCGCAGACCUUGCAAUGCAGCGCGAUCGCUUGCAACUUUUUGGGAUCCUUGCUGCGCUCGAUCGGGCGCUCAUCGACGCUGAAGAAAUGUCUAGCGAAUUCUUGGUCCGUAGCCUUUCCAAGGUGCACAUGCGUCUAGCUGGCCUUUUGGAAAGGUUCGUCGGCGAGCAAAUCAGAGCGAUUGAGCAGACAAAGCUUACCGUCAAGAAGCGCAAGGGGGUGGUGCACUUCAUCAAGGUGUUCCCGGUCUUUGUGGAGAGGAUCGAAGCUCAGCUUGUGAAUGCCGAGACCCUCAAUAUACGCGCUGCUGUUGACGGGUACUAUGAGCAGAUUGCAAGGACCAUGUUUGAUGCGCUUCAAGCUAUGGCGAAGAUGGAAGGAGGGGGCGGUGGGGUCAUGCCAGGAAGCGCUGCGGAUGAUGACAAGCAGGCUCUGAAUCACCACGUCAUCUUGAUUGAGAAUAUGCACCAUUUCGUCAAGGAAGCUUCAAGGGUUCGCAACUCUGCCCUCGGACAGCUCAUCAAGCGCGCUGAAUCCAUCUACGAGGAUCAUCAGCACGCUUACGUCAACGCUGUACUGCGGAGGCCCCUCGGCAAAGUCAUGGACUUUGGCGAUGGUAUCGACGCUCUACUGCGAUCCACGCCAGCCAACGAGGUCUCGCUUCACAGCGCCUUUUCGAGAAGCAAUUUCAAACGACUAGUCAAAGAGAACAGCGCAAAGGACAUUCGCAAGGCUAUCGAAGCGUUGUCAAAGCGGGUGCAAAAGCACUUUGGUCUGGACGACGACGAUCUAGCUGGUCUGGCCCUUGCAGCAGCUGCUGGAAGUGCGGAGCCUGCCGUGGACGAAGCUGCAGAGGUGCUGACGAGGGUGUGGGGUGCAUGCGAAGAAGCGUUUGUAAGGGAAACGGAGCGUCAAGCCAGAAUAGCUCGAGACUGCUAUGCGGGUGGAGUUUCGCUCGAAUAUGGCGUAGACGAUGUCAAGAAGCCCUUUGCCAACAAUGUGCCAACUCCGGUCGGACGGAGAAGAUAGUCCAAGCACUAGAGGAGCAUGGUCGAGGAGUUGAAGGAUGCGCAGCCUCGCCUGUGGGGUCUUUCGACCUUUGGACAAACUGGGAGUGCCUUGAGCAACUAUGCUUCAUCGGCAGCAAGCCAUCGCUUGGUGCACGCGUCUGUGUCACGUCUGCAUGCACUCAAUCUACAUCGCUAGAAUCCUUGCAAUCGAUCAGCCUGCAUGCCAU